ACUUCAUGGACCCGGCGGCUUUGUAGCAGCGGUGGCUAUGGGAACUCGAAGAAGAUAACCGUAGGCGCAGAGACGUUUUUCUCCCUUGCAGUUGCCGAUGUCGCCCUGGAAGGUAGGGACCGGAGGACCGAUGAUAGAGUGGAUGCAGUUAUAGUAACUGUGAUGUCAUAAAGCUCGCUGUUAUGAGUAGUAGAUUCCAUGGUUACCCUAGUGACGGUGGAGAGAAGAAAGACACAUAGCAACAGGAACCACAGUUGUCAUGACAAUGGAUGUCAUGAACCGCACAAGAUGAACGGCAUCCUCACACCUCAGAUUUCAAUUUAGAUAUGAAUUAUUGCUAUUAAUGGAUGAACCACAUGACUGUGAAUUAGCCUACUACAAGAAUUAAUCUUUAGAGAAUGCAAUUGGAUUUUUGGCACUGAAUAAUUUUUUCCAAAGUGAUGGCAGGAGUGACCUUGUGUGAACCAACAGAACUGUAUAAUUUGCUGAAUCAGUCCACAAAGAUCUCUAGAUUAGCAGAGCCAAACUACCUCUGUUUAUUGGAUGCACGUACCAAGAGGGAAUAUAAUGAAAGCCACUUGAUGACAGCAAUACGAGUCAAAACAAAUCCAUUGGGCAAAUACUUAGUGCCUCAAUCUAUCAACCUGGAAUGCGUCAGAUACUGCGUAGUGUAUGAUGGCAAAACAGAUUCUGUGGAUGCGGCUUUUGACAUGGAUUAUGAUCUAUUUGAAGUGGAUACAGAUCUAAGACCAUUCGACACAGGAGUGGACAUAAGAGAAUUAAGAAGGAAAGCAUCGUCUGACUAUAAUGCUAAAGAAGGCUCUGCGGCUCGCUGUGCAAGAGUCAUGCAGCGGCUCACCCGCUUUCCAGUCAUGGUCCUAAAAGGCGGCUACCAGCUCUUUACAGCCUCCUACCAUUACCUCAGGACCCAGAAGAUAUUUUGGAUGCCUCAAGAACUGGAAGCCUUUAAGCCCUAUCCAGUAGAAAUCCUGCCUGGUAAGCUGUACAUGGGAAAUUAUGUGCAAGCCUGUGACAGCCAGAUUCAGAAGGAUCUCAAAAUCAAAGCCCAGAUUAAUAUCUCCAAGGAAGCUGGCACAUUUUUCCUUGAAGACAGAGAAAAACUCCUUCAUAUUCCUAUUCCUGAUUCUCUGGAGGCAGAUAUUUUUUCUCACUUUAGCAUCGUUUGUCAUUUCAUUGAUGCUCACAUCCACAAAGGAGCAGUCUUGGUCUUCUCCACCUUUGGAAUAAGCAGGUGUAGCACAGCAGUGAUAGCUUAUCUUAUCCAUUCAUGCAGGCUUUACUUGAAGAAUGCUUGGAGUUAUGUCCAGAAAUGCAAAACAAAUAUGCGGCCCAAUCGGGCAUUUGUGAAACAGCUAUCAGAUUGGGAACAACGGAUCUAUGUGACUGCCAUCACUGACAUUUCAGAACCAAAUUACUGACUGGCAGCUUUGUUUAUCGUGAGUUAGUACGGCGGAAAACUGAGAAGAAAACCAAUUUUUAUUUUUCAGAGGCUUUUUAAAGAAAACUUUUACCUUC